CAGCCGUGGUGUGGGAGGAUCCUUUUGGACCUGCUGGCCGUCCUCGCUGUGUAUUUCUCCAGUGACUUUGAUACAGAAUCCUCGGGAACCAGCUGUGGCCUCCAGGUGUUUGAACAGUCGGCUCAGCAGUUUGUCCAACUACUGGAAACCCUCCUGUCCCCGGCCGCAGAGCGUGAGAUCACCCUCAGGGAGCAAAGCGUGAUGUGCCUUAUCUUUAUCUGUGGGACCAUGGAUCGAAGCCCUUCGUCUGUUUGCUGUACUUUCUACAGUCAGCUGUUCAGCAGCCACCCGAGAAUUCUGGACACUCUUGUGGAAGGGACAUUCACGGACCCUGCAGCCUUGCGGGCUCUGGAAGGGCCUCGGAGAGAGCAGUGGGAGCAGCUAACAGCCACCUACACAGCUGCCCUAGCCGCUGUCUGCACCACCACACCGGGAGCAAUCAGCUGCCGCGAUGCCAAACAGCAGAUAACUCAGUACCUCAACGACAGGCUGUUGUCAGCACAGAGUUCACCAAGGAGGGCCAACUUCAUCAAGGGAAUCCAGCAACCACCGCUGUCUCUCAACACACUGAAGGUUGUGUACUCCUGCUGUCAGCUGUGUGAACGUAGCUGUCAGCUGUUGGUGGAUGAAGCUCUGGAUAGUUUACUGCAGCUCCUCCAUUGCCAGUUGGCUGUUGAAGACGUGGUCCUGUCGAUGGCUCAGGAGGUGACCCUGUACCUGUUGACCGUCCUGCUGCUCCAGUCAGACCGAGUCCCUGAAAGCAUGGAGCAUUCGAUCGAGGUCAUUACCUCCGUCUUCCGCCAGUCGCCAGCAGCCAAUCACACAUGUGCAGCUGCCUUCCUGCUGAUCCAGCUCUGUAGCCGAGGGACUCCUGUGGAGAUUCAGGGUGAGGAUUUUCUCCAGAGUGUACAGACAGCUCUGCAAUCCUGUCCACAGCCUCCCGUUUCCCCACCAAUGGGCCAGGGAAUGCUCGAUGGUUUGUUCACUCUGUUACUGCAGUAUGUGAAUGAGGGAGAGCCCUCCAUGCUGCGGGACUUUGCAGAUUCGGAGUUGUGGAGCACUGCCUGGUAUUGCCUGGCCCGAGUGCUACGUCUCAGCCCGGACAGACCGAUCAUGGAAGGGGAGACACCCCGACCUGGGCAACCGAGCCCAGCUCCAGACUGGAGCCUGCUCUCUCCCUCAGGUAUAGUAACCUUCCUGGGACUAGCUACUGUGGUGUUCUCUGCUGUCCCGUCCCAGUGCCUGCCAAUCCUGGCCAGCUCACACAGUGUUACCCCUCUGAUACUACACCAGUUACUGUCUGACACCUUCCUCCAUCACCUGGAUCACAGGUUACAGCUGUUCCCUGCUGUGGGCCUUGCUGCCUGUUCGGAUGAGGCUGCCCUGGCGAUCCCACAGGACGUGGUGUUGAGAGUUUGCCAGCUCCUGUGCUUCCCCUUCGCCAUGGACGUGGAUGAGCCCAUCUUCAGUCAGAUUCUGCGCACUCUCCUCGAAGGGGACUUCACUCACCAUCUUGUACAGCUGAGCCUGGGCCAGCGCCUGCCUGCUGUGCAGAGGGAGAUGCCCCUGGCUCUGUUGUGCCGCCUGGGAUUCAGUGACCGGGGAUUUGUGGACCAGUUAGUGGGCCCCGGAAGUGUGGGCCCUGAACCCUGGGCCCGGUACCUGGGGGAGCUGCUGCUGCUGCUGGAGCCGGACUCCGAGCCCGAGCCUGGCAGGGUGAGCCGGGCUGAGCUGCUGCUCUCCCUCCUGGGGCAGGUGUGUCGCUGCUCGGCCCAUCACCUGCCAUAUGUCCGGGCGGUGGUAUCCCCAGCUGGGGACUGGGAUACCCUGCGGCUAGCUCUGUGCCACCCGGAUCCCGGGCUCCGCAGGAAGGCCUGCAGCCUGACGGCCUGGCUGCUGUCUGAGCAGGGAGCGUCCCCUGUCCCACUGCUGGAGGCCGUGCUGCCCCUCCUGGGGGACCCAGAGCCAGGGGUACGAGAGAGCGCCGGCCUGGCGGUGGGAAACGCAGCCUUCGGGGGCAGCUGCGUCACCGCUGGGACACUACCUGCUCUUCUGCGCCUGCUGUCUGACCCCAGCCCACGUACCAGGCAACAUGCCUGCUCAGCCCUGCACAACCUGGGAACCUCCUCCUCCUCCUCCAGCUCCAGGCAGGCCCUGGGCCAGCUCCUGCUCAGCUCCGCCGUCCCCCAGCAGCUCCUACAGCUCGCCGCAGCCCAGCGUCCACACAGCCAGCCUGCUCCCGUCCGAGAGGCUGCUCUCUCCGCUCUCAGGGCACUGGCUCAGUGGCCCCACAUCCGGCAGGUUCUGGUCUCGAUGAACUCAUGUGAGAAGCUGUCUCUGAUUGUCCAGGAGACGGAGCAGAGGGUACUGGGCAGUGCCAGGAAGACUGACCGCUCCGUCCUCCGUCACUGUCACAGGCUCCUGGAGACUCUCAGUACCAGCCCGAGUGAGUGAAUACUGGCAGCAGCAGGAUUACCGAUGAACACUGUGCCGGCUCACUGGGGUAGGCUGAGGUGUGGCAGCCCAGUGUCCACCAGGAGCAUCGCUCUUUCAUUUAACCAACGGGAAACAGCUCCCAGGGACCUCCACAACACGCCUUCAACAAUGUCUUAAAAAAAAAGAUUAAUUUAUUCUGAGGUGGAGCUGUGCAACACCUCCCACUCCCUGAAAGCAAGGCAGGAAGGGGAUGACGGCCUUUUCAGAGACUGAGAGAAUACGUGAACUUGUUCCUUUUCCUCAUGGAGACUGAACUGGCGACUGUCGAGAAUCUUCAUCCUCUGUCACACAAUGGCUCGGAUUCGAUCAGAGAGAGAGAGACCUUCUGUCACCAGCUGACAGAACUCUUCUGCAAAUGGAAUGUCAACUGGAUUUCAGAGGCUGUUGCUAGGUCACAAAUGGCAGAAUCCUUCCCUCAAUCAAGGCCGUUUGUCCAAUAAUUUAAAGCGAUAAGCUCCAUCAUUCUCAAAAAAUCUCAAUCAGAGCAAAGCGACCCGCUUUUCAGCAGAAACGCCACUUCCCUUCCAGCUUUUGGAGACGUGUACGACAAACCGUGUUCAACCCAGGAACGCCCAAACGCCUGCACAGUCCAGUUUCUCCGGAGAACGCAGGCUAACCAUCUCUCUCUCGCUGACUCGGAUGUGUGUGUGUGUGUCAGAAUGCCUCUGUAAAUACUCUCGUGGUUGAGUGAGCUUUCAACUCUUGGUUUUUUUUUAUCCCCCGACCCUCGGCAUCGCCCAUCUCGUUCUUGUUGAAGGAGGCCCCUCGUUCCUGCCCCUCAGCCCUGACUGACCCGGCAUCGCUGAUGCCCUGGAGCUGUGCGGAGCCCGCCGUCACUGGGACGGACUCUCCGGGGUCUGGAUCCCGAGUUUCCUCAGGGCUUCUCGGAAGUAGCGGGGGGGCUUGCUGACCACAUUGAGCUGGAGGCGGUGGGUCUCGGAGGCUGAGCUGUCCCCUUCCCCGGGUCCC